UCAAGGGUGGUUGUUGAGACUCUUGUGUACGUGCUGUACAGUGCAACAAUGUUGCACUAGAGCUAUUCUGGAAACAAGUUUUAUUUAACGUGUUUAUAUUUCAUUAUUCACUCAUAUCUGGAUUAUAACACGUGCAUGUUAUUGGACGAAAAGACAAUGCUUCUCACCGAUGCAUCCAAUCCGUAAAUUGCUUUCACAAACUGGUUUGUUUUUCGUCUGGUUGUAAAUCUAUCAUCGAUUGACCAUUCUUAGACACUUUUCAGCAUUUUACAAUGAGGUUAUUCACGUUUCUUUUGAAAAACACAACGCCAAAAAUUGAGUUUUAUUCAAGAUUUUCACCGUCCCCCCUUUCCAUCAAACAGUUUCUGGAAUUUGGGAGGGAUAAUGCCUGUGAGAAAACCUCGUAUAUGUUCCUGCGGAAGGAGCUGCCAGUCCGACUGGCCAACACCAUGAGAGAGGUCAACCUGCUGCCUGACAAGUUGCUCAGCCAGCCGUCAGUCAAACUGGUGCAGAAGUGGUACAUGCAAAGCUUUUUCGAUCUGCUGGAGUAUGAGAACAGGAAGCCAGAGGAUCCACAAGCCCUGCAUGAUUUCUUGGAGAUUCUCAUCGAGAUCCGGAACCGACACAAUGACGUGGUUCCCACCAUGGCCCAGGGGGUGAUUGAGUACAAGGAGAAGUUUGGGUUUGACCCUUUUGUCAGCAGCAACAUUCAGUACUUCCUGGAUCGGUUCUAUACUAACCGAAUCUCCUUUCGCAUGCUCAUCAACCAACACACGCUCCUGUUUGGGAACGACACGAACCCUGCUCACCCCAAACACAUUGGCAGCAUCGACCCUACUUGCAAUGUAGCUGAUGUAGUAAAAGAUGCCUAUGAAACCGCCAAGAUGCUAUGUGAACAAUUCUAUCUAGCGGCCCCUGGACUUAAAAUAGAAGAAUUUAAUGCCAAGGCCCCAGGGACAUCCAUUCACGCUGUGUACGUGCCAUCUCAUCUGUUCCACAUGCUCUUCGAACUGUUUAAGAACUCCAUGAGGGCCACAGUGGAGACGCAUGAGGACAGUAAGGGGGAACUCCCUCCUGUGAAGGCUAAAGUUACACUGGGGAAUGAGGACCUGUCCAUCAAGAUCAGUGACCGCGGUGGAGGCGUCCCACUGAGGAAGAUCGACCGCCUUUUCAACUACAUGUACUCCACUGCGCCCACCCCCAGCCUGGACCCCGGAGCCCGUGUUGUGCCACUGGCGGGCUUUGGCUACGGCUUACCUAUAUCCAGACUGUAUGCACGCUAUUUUCAAGGGGACCUGAAGCUGUACUCCAUGGAGGGAGUGGGAACAGAUGCUGUAAUUUACCUGAAGGCCCUGUCCAGUGAGUCAUUCGAGCGCCUGCCUGUCUUCAACAAAUCCGCCUGGCGACACUACCAAACUGGCCCCGGGGCGGACGACUGGAGCAACCCCAGCAGAGAACCACGUGAUACCUCCAAGUUCAAGGCCAAAAGAUAACUUCCAACUCCUCACAAACACUCCCUGUCCCUCCCCCACCACCUUCUCACUUCCUGUUAGAUUACCUUUAGCCGCUAUAGCAACUCCACAUCAACCAACCAACCAACCAGCAAACCGUCGGUCCUGGUGUAAAUGCGAGUUGUAUCGGUUGCCAGAUCUCACUCACCCACGGCAGUUGUAUCCUGAUGAUGUAGACAUUGCAUCGGUUUCCUUAGACCUAAUUGUCCAGCAUGAGACAAUGGCUACGUUUCCCCCUAGUGGUGUCCUCCCGGUACAGCAAAAGGGAAAGCUGCCAUUGUGUGCCAGAGAUGUGAGAGGUGCCACAUAAUGGGGCCGCUGUUUGACUACCCCCCCCCUCUGAGAAAGAAGUAGGUUGGUGUUUCAGCUGAGUACAACAAAAGGGCAUUUCACUGGCAGUUGAAAUAUCCAGUCACCCGUUACCUUGACGACCAAACCUUGGCCCAGCGACUGUAGCUCACAGUUGGGGGAACCCAAAUGAAUGCAAGACAGAAAACAUACCUUAAAGUGUACUUAUGUACCAUGGGAACAAAAAUUCUGAAACAAAACUACAUAACUUUAACAAUAAUAUAUAUAUAUAUAGAAAUGCACUUUUUAUAUUUAAAAAGAGGUCUGAUUUGUUAGAGCAUAUAUAUUUAUUUUAAAGGGAUUUAAAUUUAAAAUUUGAAAGGUCAUCAAAUGUCUAAACCUUAAAUGUGGUCAUGGAGGAUUGCACUGGAUAGAGUAACAGAGGUAAUUUUAAAAAUGAGGGAGCAGAUUUUUUUUUAAAGUGCAGGAAAGAAAAAUAAUUUCUUUGAAUGCAGAAAAUCAGGACAGGUACGCACCCUCAUCAGCAAUACUGACCCUGCUACGCUGGUAAAGGUGGGGAUGCAACGAGAGCGAAAACAAAGGACCUACCGAACAAUGCAAGUCAUGAUUUCUACAUUGUCCACUCCACUCACCCCACUGCCCAUGGGGCUGGGUCUCUUAGCACUGGAGAGGCCUGUAAAGGUCCUGUGUAUUCAAGGACCGAUUCAUCAAUUCACCUUCAGUUCAAUGCGGUUUUCAGUCGUUUGAUAGGAAUCUCCAUUUCAUUACAUUCUUUUUAUAUACUGCGGAUUGGUUUGGGCCUUUUUUUUUCCUUUUUUGUGUUUGUGACUGGAUCAAUUCCUGUUUUUACUCACCUCAAGGUGUUCUCUUUUUUCCUGUCAUAUACGUUUUGCUAAAGUCUUACGCACUUAAGUUUUUUUUUCCUGUAUGAUUUAUUAUUUAUAGAGGGGAUAGAUUUAUUUGAUUGUGUCUUAUUUUCCAAGUAAGCAGUGUUUGCUUACUUGGAAAACUAGAGUGUGGACCGUUAAAAAUAAGUCAGAAUUCGUAUGGCAAAGUUAGUUUUGUACCCACGAUGCACCACUGCCAAGGGUUGUGCGCGCCUGAUGCAUGCAAUCCUUUGAAAACGGAUCACUGCGUCCGUUCGGGAGUCAUUUCAGUUAUUCCCCAUCUUAAGUGUUCUGUGUAUUUCAACAGGAGGUGCCUUCCCCUUGAAAGCCCAACUCUGGAACGGCUCUGGCUCCGAGUUGGCAUUGGACCGGCCCAGAAUUAACUGCUGUCUGGGUUACUGCCCUCCCGUAUGCAGCCUCCUUAGCAAGAAGGCUUUAACUUUGCAGCCUGAAGACCACAGAGCUCCUUCCUGUAUAUUCCAAGGUCAUGUUGUCCAGAGAGAACAUUAGGUGGAGGUUAGUACAUCUGAAAAUAUUUGAAGAAGGAAAUAUAUUUAGCAGAUUUGUUUAUUGUAAAUUGUCAUCUCUGACUGGUAGAGAUGGCAAGCACUCUGUUUGCUAUAGAUCUCGUUACGUGUAGAGAGACUGUUAAGGGAGAAUUUUUUCACACACACACACACACACACACACACACACACACACACACACACACAUACACACACACACACAUACACACACACACAUACACACACAGGGUACAAUAUGAAACUAUGAAAGAGUGUGUUCCCACUGAGGCUUCUGUUUUCAUUGUUAUUGUUAUAGCUUGGCUGCAGGCAUGGCCAACAUUACUGUUAUACCUUAUCAAUGUGUGUGUGUGCUGUAGACCUGGGCCCCGUUCGUCGUAGCUCGUUAAGCGAGGUACCGAGAUCAUUUUCAGGAUGAGAUAAUAGUCCCUCCUUUCGGUUUGUGGAAGCAACUUUGGAUAAAUCACCAUAGCAACACAAUUAGCUCCAACCUGCUCCAGCGCAG